CUAGCCAUUCGACACCAAUCCGACCCAAUCGGGAUAUGUACGGGUCAAACUCGACGGCAGCUGUACUUAUCAACGCCGGUGCUCUACAGCAAUCAGUCGCUCAGGAGCUUCGGCCAAGUUAAGUCGCUCUAGUUAAGAACCAACCACCCAAGCACCAUGUCUGAGAAGCCAAAGAAGACCAAGAAGAAGGCCUCCUCCAAGGAAGAGACUCCCGCCGAUACCCCUGCGCCAGCUGAGACUCCAGCGGCACCAACCCCCUCGGACUCUGGUUCGCAGCGAGGAUCCACCCGCGGCUCUUCCUCCCGCAAGGCUAAGAAGGCCCCAUCCUCUGUCUUCGUCCUCUUCUCCCAGAAGCAGAUCGCCGAAUUCAAGGAGGCCUUCCAGCUAAUGGACAACGACAAGGAUGGUGUGAUCGGCAAGAACGAUCUCCGCUCGACCUUCGAUGCUUUGGGUAAACUGGUAUCCGAUAAGGAAUUGGACGAAAUGCUUGGCGAAGCACAGGGCCCACUCAACUUCACCCAGCUGCUGACGCUGUUCGCCAACCGCAUGUCCGGCGGAGGACAAGAUGACGAUGAUGUCGUCAUCAACGCCUUCAAGGCCUUCGACAUGAACGGCAAGAUCGAUGGCGAGAAGUUCCGCUACGCACUGACCCACUGGGGCUCCGAUAAGUUCUCCGAGGAUGAGGUUGACGAUGCCUUCGACCAGAUGAUCAUUGACGAUAAGGGCUUCAUCGACACUGCUGCCCUGAUCGGAAUGCUCACCGGCACCGAAGAGGGAGAGGAAGAAUAAACUCCUCGCCUCCCCCUUCCACAUCCCCUCAUCCCCCCAACCCCAAAACCCAUUUAAAAAACAAUCCUUUUUUCUAUUUAUUUUAAUACCAAACUUAAACUUGUAUAAAAAAAGAGAAAAACAACAUCUACAAAAAAGAUCAAGCAGUGACAACAACAACAACAACAACAAUACGGAGAACAUCUUCAUGUUAAUCACAAUUCCAUUUGCUUACAUCAUCUGAUUCUAAAUUAUUAAUUUUUAUUUUCUUAUGAUAAGACAUGAAUUUUUAAGCUAUAAGAAGAAUAAAGUUAUAUAGAAAACUGAAAAAAAAACCUAAAAAAUAAAGUGAAAAAAAGUGCAAAAGAACUCUCGUACCGAGGAGAAAAACUUACAAACUCGAUUGCGUCUUUCUUACAGUGUCACAGCAGGGUAGCGUAGUCAGAUCACCGUGUAGCGAACUCGAAAAAACAAAGUGAGACAGGAGGAAUGCACGCGUAGGAGAAGCACUUUGACUUUUUUUUGUUCUAAUUUGCAAAAAUAAAUGUGUUUUCUGUUAAAUGAAAAUCACACUAACACGAGUGAAAGUAGUACUGGCAUUCCUGGAGCAAGAGAAAGAAUUUGUUUUCGUUCUCUCGAUCUUUCCAGUUAAGAAAGAGUGGUGAUGGUGAUUUAUGUGAUUCGGUUUCGAAUAGUAGAAUCUCGUUCUAACGAGACACGAAACAAGA